AUGGCUAAGGAAAAUCACUCCUUGACAACUGAGUUUAUCCUCAUAGGAUUUACAGAUUAUCCACAGCUGAAGAUCCUUCUGUUUUUGGUGUUCUUUGCCAUCUAUCUGAUCACCAUGAUGGGUAAUCUCGGCCUGGUGGCAUUGAUAUUUAUGGAGCGCCAACUUCACACACCAAUGUACAUCUAUCUAGGCAACCUGGCUCUGAUGGAUUCCUGUUGUUCUUGUGCCAUUACUCCCAAGAUGUUAGGAAACUUCUUUUCUGAGGACAGAGUGAUUUCCCUCAAUGAAUGCAUAGUACAAUUUUAUUUUCUCUGCCUUGCUGAAACUGCAGACUGCUUUCUCCUGGCAGCAAUGGCUUAUGAUCGCUAUGUAGCCAUAUGUAGCCCAUUGCAGUACCACACCAUGAUGUCAAAGGAACUCUGCAUCCAAAUGACUGUAGGGACCUUCAUAGCCAGCAACCUGCAUUCCAUGAUCCAUGCGGGGCUUCUGUUAAGGUUAACUUUCUGCAGAUCUAAUAAAAUUGACCAUAUUUUUUGUGAUAUCCUUCCACUCUAUAGACUCUCCUGCACUGACCCUUACAUCAAUGAACUAAUGAUAUAUAUUUUUUCAAUGCCAAUUCAAAUCUUCACCAUUGCCACUGUCCUGAUUUCUUAUAUUUGCAUUCUUUUUACUGUUUUCAAAAUGAAAUCCAAAGAAGGGAGAGGUAAAGCAUUUUCUACCUGUUCAUCCCACUUUCUGUCUGUCUCAAUAUUCUACAUUUGUCUACUCAUGUAUAUUCGACCACUUGAAGAAGGGAGUAAAGAUAUACCAGUGGCUAUUUUUUAUACAAUAGUAAUUCCUUUACUAAACCCUUUUAUUUAUAGUCUGAGAAAUAAGGAAGUGAUAAAUGUUCUGAAAAAAAUUAUACGGAACCAUAUUCUUAAAUGA